ACCUCCUCUUAUUAAAAACCCAUCUCUCUAUCAAUUUCUCAUUCUCUCUCUCUCUAAAACAUAAUAAUUCUACAUAUAUAAUAAUGGAGGAAAUUGAUUUUGGCUCAAAGACAUCAACUUCUUGUCUAAAGCUCUUUGGAUUCAGCGUCAACGGAGAAGAAGAUUUCUCCGAUCAGUCGGUAAAAACUAACCAAUCAUCUGUAUCGGAGACUAGUGAGUUUCCGGCGGGAGGAAGUGGUGGUGGUGUACGAAGCCGAGGAGGAGGAGGAGGAGAACGUAAGUAUGAGUGUCAAUACUGUUGUCGGGAGUUCGGUAACUCUCAAGCUUUGGGCGGUCACCAAAACGCUCACAAGAAGGAGCGUCAGCAACUCAAACGCGCUCAGCUUCAAGCUACACGAAACGCUGCCGCUAAUUAUUCUAACGCUGGAUCAGCGUCUCCGUUCCUAAGGAAUCCUAUAGUCUCCGCCUUCGCUCCUCAACCUCAUCACCUAUCUUCAGCCGUGUCUCCGCCGGGGGGAGGAGGUCCUUGGAUGUAUCUUCCACGUGUAUCACCGUCUCAGCUUCACGUGCCACAUGGGUUCUCUUAUGAUUCAGGAUUCAGGUUUAGUGGGUCUCAGAUGAGACACGCUCAGACCCAUGGGCCGAGACCAUCAGUGAAUGGAUUUUCAAGAGAAGUAGGACCAACUUUUGAUGAUGGAUUAGGGUUGGAUUUGCAUCUGAGUCUUGCACCAGCUGGUCAUUAAAGUUUAAUCAUGCCCCCUGCAAGUAUGGCAGGAGGUUAGAUCGUGUAUAAUUUUCUACAUUUUAGUUGAUUUUAUUAAAUAUUUAGUGAUUUUAAAUUCCAGUAAUUGUUUGUCUAGCAAAAUUAUUUAGCCUUUAAUCAUGUUUCACACUCAAGAAAGUA